AUGUCUCUCGCUCAGCAUGUGACUCAUCCAGAGGGAUUCGACUACGAAGGCCCCGCGAAUCCCAACUAUGAAGGUCCAAUACAUCCAGAUAUCUCUCCUGGUUUCGGAACACCAAAUAUUCUUGUUCCCGAUAGAUAUGAGUACGAAUCUUUUCCCGACAGAUCAAGCUGGCGACGCUUGAGUUUUGCCCCCAUUGAGAUUGCGCAAAAACUGCCCAAUCUCGCUGCUUACAAGGUCUCCAACUUUAAGCGAUAUGCUCAGGUAGCAACUGCUAUAAUAGCUUGCUGGCUUGCAUCUGGCAUCGUAUUCGGUUUCGCUGCUUUAAAGCCCAUCUUGAUCUCUGAAGGCAUUUAUUCUGAACUCUGCGACAAUGACCAAAAGAGUCUUGGACACGCGCCAGACUUUCAGGUUCCAUGCGCUGCACAGGAUAUGCGACUUAACCUGCUUUUCAUCUCAGCAUCAAUCUCCGCCAAUGUCUCCUCCCUCUUUGCAGGGGCCGCUCUAGAUCGCUACGGUCGUCGCGUAUGCUGGCUUGUUUCCAGUCUUCUGCUGACUCUCGGGUCAUUGAUGAUGGGCCUGUCGUUUUCCAUCCCCGGAUUCCACGGUUACCUGGCCGGCAACAUCUUGCUAGCUUUCGGUGGCACUUUUCUCUUUGUUUCCUCGUUUCAGCUGGCCAAUGCCUUCCACACGCUUUCCGGUUUGAUCGUUGCUCUCAUUACAGGAGCUUUUGACGCUUCUGCCGCCGUCUUCCUGUUCUACCGUAUGGCUUAUGAAGCCUCCGACGGUAGAUUCACACUGGAUAAGUUCUUCUUUGGCUACAUUUCUGUUCCAGUGUUUAUAUGCGUUGCCGAACUACUCUGGAUGCCUGCCCAUUCAUACCAUACUCUACCUCAACUCGAGAAGAAGCUUCAAAAAGCUGUGGAUCGAAAUCGUGAUAUCCAUGCGUCGGAUGAUGAAAUUGAAGAUACGGAUGAAUUGAGGCGUAUUCGGAGUGUACGUGCUGAUCAACGGAGAGCCAAGAUUGAGAAGAUCGAAGAGGUUGCAGGCGAUAGUGAAGAAAGAGAAAUGCGAAUCAUAGAGGAGGAAGACCGACAGGAAACCAGCGGUGUUUGGGGAGUCUUGCAUGGAGUGCCUGCUCACAGACAGAUGAUGUCGCCCUGGUUCAUCCUCAUACUACUUUUGACAAUUCUGCAGAUGCUUCGAAUGAACUACUUCAUCGCUAGUGUCAGGUCACAGUACCGAUAUAUGCUGGGUUCUGACGAAGCGGCUAAGCGCAUCAAUGACUUCUUCGACAACGCUUUGCCUAUCGCAGGAGUUUUCGCGGUGCCCUUGGUUGGGGCUUUACUCAACAACUUGAGUAUUCCUUGUAUCUUCGGCGUUGUCACGGUUUGCAUUGCUAUCAUUGGAGUUCUCAACUGUCUUUCCAACAUUUGGGCAGGGGAUUAUGCCACCAAGGUUUUCGGCUUUGCCACUUUUGGGCGUAUCUACGGAACCAUUACCUGCGUCUCGGGAAUCACUCAGCUUGCCCAGUCUGGUCUUGACGCGCUCACACACGGCCCACUCCAUGGCAAUCCAACACCGAUCAACGCGACGCUGGGUGCUGUUGGAGCUCUUGUCGGUGCUAUUAUGACCGUAUUCGUUGCCAUCAAGGGUAACAGAUUUGAGGAGAAGAAAGCUGAGAUGAAGGCCGAUGACGAGAGAGAGCGUCUUCUGUCGAACGCGCAGUCAAACUAUGGCACUGGACACUAA